AUGCUCAAAUUCUUUUUAGUACUCUUCAUUGUUGUUGUUGUAUGGGAUAAUGCAUCCACUACACCUAAUAUAGACAUAGAGGCCAUUAGAAAUAGAAUGAAUGUGAAUUCUACUGACACUGAAGAGGAUCUGACACAAGAGAGUGAUGAAGAUGACGAUGAUAACUCAAACUCCAAUAUAAUAGACGAAGAGCAAAGUAAAUCAUUUUAUUCUUAUUUUGAGUUUGUUCGACUUUCAAUAAACAUUAUUUGUAAAGCACCCAUCAGAACAUCGGUUAUAUGA